CUUAACAGGGCCGACUGGUUCCUGUCAGAUAGCCGCUGUCUCCGGCAUGUCUCCAUUGGCUUCUUCUGCUGUGGAGUAUCUGUGUAUUUAGCAGCUCUGUCCAUCUACAUGCUGUUGCUGUUUGAAAUGGAAACGGGCAUCGUUGGCGCUUGCAUCCUUUCUUCUGGGAUAAUGGUCCUGUUAAUCACCCUCACCCACGUCCUGCUCAGGGCAUCGAAGGCCUCCCACCGACGCCUGCCCGAGCCGGCCCACACGCUCUAUGAAAACAACUCAGCCCGCCCCACCAGGGACUUCUACAAGCAGGCCCCAAGCGUCAGGGCACGACCUGACAUCCACCGGGAGUUCUCCUACCCUCCUUUCCUGGAGGCCCGUCCUCACCUGGCUUCCUCCUCACUGCCCACUGGGAAUCCCGUGCCUGCUGAGGAGGGUAGCCGCGUGGCACCCAGGAUGCACCGGACGCUUUCGGCAGAGUCGGGGCUGCUGGGGGCCCGGGCCAGACCUUGGAAUGGGGUGGCUCAGGAGAUGAGGGGGGUGCUGAGUCGAAAGGCUGGCAGCUCUGGGAAAGACUCUACCCUGGUGUGA